GGGUAUUAAAAGUCUUUGAGAUAAAAUUCUAGUGGGCACGAGCGAACAUUGUCGAGUAUUUUUCGGAGAUUUCAUUAGGAAUGUAAACCCAUUAAACCAAAUCACAUUUCGACAAACAGAUAAAAUGCACACUGAGCGCGGGAGACUUGGUGAAAUUGUGAGCUUCUUGCUCGCAGGUGAUUGGCUGCCGACAUCGGGCCCUUGUAGGGAUGGACCUUUUGGAUAAAAGGAGAAUUUCUGGGGGGAUCGCGUGUAUUUGCACUGGUGGAUUCCUGUGCACAAGGGAAGAGGGGGACUAUUCUCAAAGGCACCAUGACGGGGAAGGAAGGGGCUGUGUUAUCGGAGAGUUUGAACAAACCGAAAUUAGUUGAAAACGGAGGGAAUAGCAACCCGCACAAGAGCAUUACAUCACACGCACCCAGGUGCACGGGCUUCGGCAUCCAGGAAAUUUUGGGCUUGAAUAAGGAGGCGUCCUCGGCGCCUCGGAGCGCGCUGGACUCCAUCCCCGGGGGUGCGCACUUGCUGGCCGCACGCUCCAUGCUUGGCCCCGCCGCCGUCGGGGUCGGUAUGGGAUUCAUCGGCCCUGGGGGUAUUCCGUCCUUCUACAGGCAGCCCUCGUUUCUGGAGGUCCUGUCAGACGCACAAAACGUCCAAUUUCAACCUCUCAGCAAGACAGCACCUCAGGAGGCCGGACAGUCUGCCAGCUCAGACUCAGAGGAUGUUUCUUCGAGUGAACGAAAAACAUCCAAGUCUUCCCUGGGCCAGAGCAAGAAGAGAAAGAAAAGACGACAUAGGACAAUAUUCACAUCUUAUCAACUGGAGGAACUGGAGAAAGCUUUUAAUGAAGCUCACUAUCCCGAUGUGUACGCCAGAGAGAUGCUGGCUAUGAAGACUGAACUACCAGAAGACAGAAUACAGGUCUGGUUCCAGAAUCGUCGAGCCAAAUGGAGAAAGAGAGAGAAGUGUUGGGGACGUAGCAGUGUGAUGGCUGAAUAUGGGCUGUAUGGAGCCAUGGUGCGUCACUCCAUUCCUCUUCCAGAGUCCAUACUGAAGUCUGCAAAGGACGGAAUUAUGGAUUCCUGUGCCCCCUGGCUACUAGGCACUUCUCUAAAUCCGAAUCCCUCAUCGUUCUUUGCAGGGAUGCACAAAAAAUCACUGGAGGCAGCGUCAGGCACACCAAGCCAGAAGCCAGACAUACCUCAGCAUCCAAACAAUGCCAGCGCUGAUGAUACUGAUGCUGAGGAGAGGAGGAGCGACUCGCCCAUGUCUAAAGAGGAACUGAGGGAGAACAGCAUUGCUGUUCUCAGGGCUAAAGCACAGGAGCACAGUGCCAAAGUGCUGGGGACAGUGUCUAGCAAAAGACUUGAGCAUAAAACACAGGGAGAAAAGGAGGAGAAGACCAGCGUGGAACACUCAGACUCCCAAGAAGAGAAAGAGAGCUCAUAGAUAUGCACUUAUAACCGUUGGUCACACAGCAUUGUGUCUUUCUGUAGCUUUCCUAUAAACAAAUCCUGAUGAUCUCUUCUGUAUUUCCUCAGAACCACAGGCCAGGAGUGGAUCUCCUCUAACCUAGCUAGUGCUAUUUUCCUAUUCUCACGUAGCGCUUCAGAUGUUAAGUUCACACGUUGGUUGGAAAAUACAGAAAGCAUGACGCAUUAAUGUUUAUUUUUUAUUUUUAAGACCUACUUGCCACUAAAUGUCAUUUGGUUCUAUAUACAGUAUAUGCUAGUACAAGAAACAACUGUAGCUGCAAUCUGGUAACGUUUGGUGAUAUCAGUGGUGGCUUGGCAAGGACGAAAUGCUCUUCAAACCUAAUAAACAAUGUUAUUUUUUAUUUCUACUUUAAAAACAACCAUUUUAAACAUUUCACUUUCAGUCUGUACACUGUGCUUCUUUUUUUAAAGGCACUCAGUUGCUUGAUAAGUUGUAUUAGAAUGUGACGUUGUACAUAUUGUAAAUAAAGAUAGCUUGCUACAGUAUUGUUUGAAGUACACUUUAAUGUACUGUAGUCUUAUAAUAUAUGGGGUUAUGUUCUGAAUAAAAUGUUGAUCAGAUUAUUUAAAAAAAACAAACAUCUGAAAUGAUGACAUAUGACUUUUU